AUGGCCAAUUACUGUCAAGAUACAGAUCCUGGCACUGAUGCAGCUGAUGCCCUCCUCGCACAAAUCAGCAACCACAUCGAAGAACAGGAGGUAGCAAGCGCUCAGCCUAUUCAGGCACUGGAUACCGUGCAGCCCUCCUUGAUGGAGGAGUAGGCAUGACGAACCGCAGCUAGGAAAUACCCAUCAAAUACCGCAUUUCACCCCAUACCCAAUAAAGCCUCCUUCCAUUCCCAUCAACAAAUAGUUUCGCGACGACCUCGUACCGCGACUCUAUAUCCUCACCUCCUCUUUCUCAUUACGCCACGAGCGAUUUCCUGUUAAAACUUCUUUAAACCUUUCUUAUCCGCUUCACACGCGAGAUCUUUUCUCUUUCUUGUUACUUCACUUGACUUUACCGAUCUCUUGUGUCAUCUUCCUCUUUUACUUUCUUACUUUGCCUUCUGUCUAUCUACCCCUGCCCUUCAGUUUUGCAAUUCUAACA